AAUUCUAUUUUAAAAACCAAAAGAAUCAGAUUCUCACUCUCCUUUCUCUACACCUCUCUCUCUCACACACACCCCUCCGAAUUAGGGAAACAAUCAUGAGCGAAGACUCAAAGAAGCACAUCAUAGCUGGAGCAGCAUCUCUAAUGGCGAAAUCUCACCUCGAAGAUCGAAAGCCACUUCCUUCACCACUCUCUGCAUCGGCUUCUCCUGCACCACCGGCGACCAAGAAAGUCAUCAUCAAAAGCGCCGAUAUGCUACCGGACAUGCAGAAAGAGGCCGUCGAUAUCGCCGUCCUCGCUUUUGAGAGGCACAACGUGGAGAAAGAUGUUGCAGAGACUAUAAAGAAGGAGUUUGAUAAGAGGCACGGUCCUACUUGGCAUUGCAUCGUCGGUCGCAAUUUCGGUUCCUAUGUGACUCAUGAAACAAACCACUUUGUUUAUUUCUAUUUGGACCAGAAAGCAGUUUUGCUUUUCAAGUCUGGCUAGGCCUUACUUUGAUGGAGACAAAAAAGUUGACAACUACAAGAAUUGUCUUGUGAUUAUGCUGCUAUAUUAACUCUUCAUCUUGUAUGUAUUAAAUCCACGACACAAACUCAUUACAAGACAUUCUUGUGCUUGUAUAUCUAAUUUCAUGCAAACUGGUUCUCAAGUUUGAAUAUGAAUCAAAUUGUGAUCUUCUUUCUUCCA